GAAAAAAGCCGGAAAAAGGAAGUGGUUGUUUAGUUGCGUUUGUGCCUUUAGGAUUGCUCGCGAAUAAAUUAGAGAGACAAGUUUAGAUAUUUCGGUGUUGAUUAGGAAUUGUGGAGUUAGUUUCUCCUUUCGAUUAGUUCCGAGCAUCGAGGUUAGCAGAACGUCGCUAAGCUAAACAGAGAGCAAGUGUGACUUUUAAGUCAGAAUGUUCAAAGUUCGAAUGAUACGAGCUGUGAUGGAACAGCGACUAAGUGCUGCUGUCGAAGAAGUCUUUGGACUGUUUGAAAGAACCAUUUUAGAGUACGAGGCGGAACUGUCUCGGACGAAAGAGGAGUACGAGCGACAACGCGAACUGCUAGUCCAAGUCCGCAAAACCUAUCCUCGGCUUUGCGAAGCAGCAGACUUCCGGCAGGUGCCAAAGGAGGAGAAAGAAGAAGAGAUUCCAUCAGAACAGCAGGAGUGGAGCUCCUGUGUGGGGCAGGAAGAGUCAGAUAUUCUCCACAUUAAAGAGGAAGAGGAGGAACUGUGGGAGCCGCUUCGAGGGCUGAAGGAAGAUGGAGAUCACAAUCAAAGUGAGGAGGCAAGACAAGCUCAACAAAUAACAGAAGCCGAUGAAGAUAUAAACUCAGAGCCAGACAGCGUCUUUGCUCCACUGUCAGACAUGGACGACAUGAUGUCAGACUCUUCUGUGACCAAUCACAGCGAUGACACCAACAAACAUUUGGAGACUAAUCAGAACUCCAAAGGUGAUAUGAGUCAUCAAGGUGAGAAAAGAUUUGAACAGAAGAUAAGUGUGAAGCGCCACAUGGAAGAAGAGAAACAGUUCGUUUGCUCAGUUUGUCCUAAAACGUUUGCCUCCAACAAGUAUUUGAGAAGACACAUGAUGAUACAUACAAAGGAGAGAUACCCUUCCUGUUCAGUUUGUGGCAAAAGAUUCCGAGACACGUUCGAAAUAAAAGAGCACAUGAACAAACACACUGGUGAGAGACCUUUCACCUGCUCACUUUGCAAGAAAAGCUUCGGCCGUCGAGCAGCACUCAGAGCACAUUUGAAAAAAUGCCAUGGAGGGAAGAAACAUUGGAUGUCCAGCGACCCGCAGAUGACAGCAGAAAAUGAUGGAAUGCAAUAGACAGCAACUGUCAAGUAAGAGCGACAUGAUACCACACUAUUCUGCCACCGAUCACGACGACGACAACGAACCGUUGGAGUGUAAAAAAGUACUUUAAAUGCGAUAUGAGUCAUCACAAUAGUCUGACUGUCCUGAAAUCAUUUGAUUCAAAAGUAUUUUUGCAAAGCCACAUGAGAAAACCCAGUGGAAAGAAAAGUUUUGCUUGCUUGGUUUGUGCCUGAGAAAUGUACAAGACGGUAUGUUAUGAUACUCGUACACUGGGGAGAAACUGUUCCAUUGCAAUGUGAGCAAUGUAAGAUCCACUUUUAAGGCUGUUUUUAAGCUGUUGUAUAAGUGAGUAUUUCUUUCAAACUUUUUAAUUUCACAUUUCUUUUGCCAAGUAGCUAAUUUUCGGAUGAUUGAUCCCUAACUCCCAUACAGACUUUGUAUGAUGGCUACUAAAGAUUGUGAUAUGAGUGAAUUAGAUACAGGUCUGCUAAAACCAAUAAAGUUGUAUUUGAAAUGUUUCAAUGUCAUUAUAUUGCACUCAUGGUGUAGUGCAGGGGUGUAAAACCUGCAACAGGUAUUAAAAUAGCUCAUAAAACGCCACUUAAUCCUGCUUUCUUCC